CUGAAAUGUUCUCUGUGACAAAUUAUCGAGCAUAAACCAUUUCAGUUUUACGUUUCAGUGGCGAAACAAACAAAUAUGUCAGGUAUUAAGCAUGGGCGAAGGAAAGGGUCCGUCAGAGGUAUGCAUGGAGCUGCCCAGACAGACUUCUCAUUACCCACAGAGAUUCCUCUGGGGAUGCAGUUAGCAGAUGGUACAGACCUCAGGCAGGUCACUGUGCUCGGGAGAGGGGAUUGGGAGAGGAUACAGGCUCAACUGAACAAGCGACAGAUUGAGGAAGCUCGGAUACAGAAACUCAAGGAGGAGAGGGAGCAAAUGAAAUUAAAAUCCAAGGAGCUGGUGAAAAACUGGGGAAAUACAAUCAUUGGUUCUCGACAAAGAAAACUUGAGGCAAGAAAACUGAGGGAACAGAAGGAAGAAGAGGAAAAGUGUCAGAUUGACAUUGAAGAGGCCAAGUUCCAAGCUGAGCAGAGGAAAGAAGCAAUAGAAAAGGCCAGAACACAACAAUAUUACCAGACUGACAGAGUGAAGGGUUUCCAUGGAGCGUUGUUGCUCACAGAGGUUCUGAAAGAGAGAGAGGCUCAGGUGGAGCUGAAGCAAUUGAGGAAGCUGGCUAGUGCUGGUCGGGACAAGGAGUGGCUGGAGAAGUCACGCUAUCAGUACGAGGCUUCCAUCCAAGAGGACCAGAACAAUGCUGCUGAGAGAAUCCGUAAGGCUCAGGAGAAUGCAGCGUUCCAGGCAGCUCAAAUUCGUCAGCACUUGAAGGAGGCCAACGAGCUAAGUGAAAACGAGCGAAAUGAAGGAGACCAGCUGAAGAAACUGGCCUUCCAGUACAACACGGAGAAGGAACGUCUGGAGAACAUGAGACGUGAGGAGCGCAGGAGGAUGAUGGAGGACAACAGGCAGCAGAUCGUUGACAUAAAGAGGAUGAAGGAGAUACAGAAACAACAAGAGGAGGAAGAAAAUGAAGAGUGUCGAUUAUUUGCUGAUGCCAAGAGAAAGAUGAUGGUCCUCAGGGCUGAAAAAGAAGAGGCAUUACAGAAGGAGAAGCAGGCCACAUUGGAGGCCAUUAGAGAGAAGCUUGGCGCACAAAUGAAACAAAAGAUAGACGAUGAGGAUGACCGUAUUGGUAAGGCCACGGAGGAGAUUGAGUCGAAGAAAGCCCGAGAGGAUCGUGAGAAAGAGGAGAAGAUGCAGCGGUUAAUAGCAGAGGCUGCUGCACAUAGGCAGGAACAGAUGAAAAAACUUGAGGACAGGAAAAAGAGGGAGAGGAUGGAGGAGUUGGAAAUGAUCCAAAUUCGACAGGAGGCUGACCUGAUUUUCCAGAAGAACGAGGAAGAGAAGAUGAGGAGGAGGAGGGAGGAAGCUCAGAAACUUAGCAGUUUCCACGGGGAACAAGCUGAAUCAAGACGUCUUAAGGCUGAGGCUGAGAGGAACCAUCAGCUGGCCCUAGACCAGAAGAACAUUGACCUUCUAGCCGUUGAGGAACAACAGUUCCAGGAAUAUGCCAACAAGGUCAUUGAGCACUGUGCCAAGGGUGGCCGCAACAUCUACCCACUAAAGAAGGCCGCUAAGGAAGGCGCCGGGGGUGGAAAUGGCCCUAUCUUCUUGGGGAAGGGCGGCCUUCGACCCAGCUACAUGGUGUGUGACAACACAGGAAAACAGCUGCCCAGCUUCCAUGGGGACAGCACAGAGGAGACCAAGAGGGCCAUCUAUGGCAAGUCUCAUAGUAAACAGCGACUCGGUUUUGUGUGGUAGGCGAAACACCCAUAAUCAAGAUAUAGACCAUUUCUAAAGAGACACUUUUUAUUGACAUUUCUAACCUUUUAUUUGCCUAUUUUCCCGUAUGGAGCAUAUUUAAUUUGGCAUCUACUAGUAUUUAAUAAUUUGAUGUCAUUUGUUAAAGAGUGAUGUUCUGAAGGGAAUUGUGUUGGGUAAUUUUACAACUUCAGCAGACAUCGGUUUGUGCAAGAAGAUGUCACAAAGAAAAGGCAGUUAUUCGCUUCAGUGUGCUCAUUCCACUUUCAAGAUUAUUUUCGACCUUGGAAUUUUCACUAGGUUUUAAUUUGGGCUCUUCAGUAUAUAUUUCUACCUGCACCAAUGUAGCAUUAUUUAUCAUUGACUUAUAUCAU